AAAAAUAUCUUCUCAUUAGCCUUGUUGCCACCAUUGAUAAUGACAAAUGAGAGCUCUCUUUUCAUUGUCAGAUGAUGAUCUCAUUUUUUGAGUAUUUUGUAGAGAUAAUUAAAAGAAGUACAAUAUAUUUUAGAGAAAUUAUGGAGAUAAUGAGAAUAAAUUGUGUGUGUUUGUUGUGUUAAAAGUAAGAGGUAUUUAGUAUUAAAAAUAUUUUUUUAAAAAGAUUAAUGCCCAGCUGUCCAAGUUAUGGCCGUUGUGGAAGGGAGAACCGUUGGGAGAGGGAGAAGCGCUGCGUCAAACCUUUAACGUAGCCCACGGUAAAGGAGGCGGUGUUUAAUGUCCCCGUGUUAAACCACCAUUAACGCCUACGGCCGUUAGCACCUUUUCCGGUGGUCUGACAAAUCAAAAACCACCCGUGUUAUUAUGAACCCGUUUAGCUACAUCUUUAAAGAGAAGAUGUAUAGGGUUGCUGGGGCAUCGGAGUACUUGGCCAUUACAGGCUUCGGAAUCCAUGACGUGAAGAUUGCCAAGAAGGCAUGGGUUUUACCGGGACAGUCCUGCAUGAGAUUCGACAUCUCCCCUGUGAACUACACCUUCGAAGUCCAGGCGAUGAGCGCCGAGAAGCUCCCGUUCAUCCUCCCAGCCGUCUUCACUAUCGGCCCACGGAUAGACGACCCCGAGAGCCUCCACAGGUACACCAAGCUCAUCGCCCCCCACGACAAGCACUCCAACCAUGUCAACGAGCUCGUCCAGGGCAUCAUCGAGGGCGAGACCCGCGUGCUUGCCGCCUCCAUGACCAUGGAACAGAUCUUCAAGGGCACCAAGGAGUUCAAGAAGGAGUUUGGGCUCCUCAUUUACAACGCUAAUGUCAAGCAGCUGGUCGAUGUCCCCGGCCACGAGUACUUCUCUUACUUGGGCCAGAAGACCCAGAUGGAAGCCGCCAACCAAGCCAAGAUUGAUGUGGCCGAGGCCAAGAUGAAGGGAGAGAUCGGAUCCAAGGAGAGGGUGGGGGAGACCCUUCAGAAUGCCGCCAAGAUUGACGCCCAGACAAAGAUCAUAUCCACUCAGAGGGAAGGGGAAGGCAAGAAGGCCGAGGUGCGCGUGAAAACAGACGUGAAGGUGUACGAGAAUGAGCUGGAGGCGGAGGUUGCCCAGGCGAACUCCGAACUGGCCAAGAAGAAAGCCGCGUGGGCACAGGCGGCUAAGCUUGCAGAGGUGGAGGCAAGCAAAGCUGUGGCUAUGAGAGAGGCUGAACUGCAGAAGGAGGUGGAGAAGAUGAAUGCUCUGGGCACAACAGAGAAGCUCAAGGCUGAGUUCUUGAGCAAAGCCAGCGUUGAGUAUGAAACCAAGGUGCAAGAGGCAAACUGGGAGCUGUACAAGAACCAGAAAGAGGCGGAGGCAAAACUCUUCCAGAAAGAAAAGGAGGCAGCGGCGCAGAGGGCUACAGCGGAGGCAGAGCUUUAUGCUCGCCAGCAAAGAGCAGACGGAGAAUUGUACAGCAAGCAGAGGGAGGCAGAGGGGAUGGUGAUCCUCGCUCAGGCUCAGGGGGCAUACUUGCGCACGCUGAUGGAUGCAUUGGGAGGAAACUAUGCUGCAUUGAGGGACUACUUGAUGAUCAACGGUGGAAUGUUCCAAGAGAUUGCGAAAAUCAAUGGCGAGGCCGUCAGAGGACUUGCGCCUAAGAUUAGCAUUUGGAACAAUGGUGGUGAAGCCGGUGAUGCAAGCGGCGGCAGUGGGGCCAUGAAGGAAGUUGCAGGCGUCUACAAGAUGCUGCCGCCUUUGUUCAAGACUGUUCAGGAGCAAACUGGGAUGCUGCCACCUGCUUGGAUGGGUACUUUGGGUAAAUCGGAGGCGUAGAUUUCUCUCUACAGAUAUUUCACUAUUUAAGUUUUUCCCUGCAAUUACUACUUGCAGGAUAGUUGUUAGAUAUGGUUGGCAAUUC